GAGGCAUUCUCUCAUGUUCUCUCCCGAGCGCCUCUGAGGGCUCAGACUUCCCUAUGGACUAAUGGGAAGCUGGGCUCUUCACACCGGCUCUGUCCCCAGCUGAGAUUAUGGUGGAUGUGGGAUCCGGCCCAGGCCUGGGCCUCCUGCUGAUGACCCAGCCCUGGAGGCGUUAGCGAGAGUCCUACGCCACCGUCCACCCCCGGAGACCACCCCUCUUCCCAGGGGCCCCGAGCUGGCGAGUGACUAUGCGGCUUGGGCUAUGUCUGGUGGCCCUGGUUCUGAGCUCCAUGCACCUCGCUGCCGGCAGCCGGGGGCUCAAGGGGAAGCGACAGAGGCGGACCCUGGGCCCCGCUCUGGUCCUCUUCUCAGAGUGCAAGAUUGAGCACUGCGAGACCUGCUUCAGCCAUAACUUUUGCACCAAGUGUAAGGAGAGCUUGUACCUGCACAAGGGCCGCUGCUACCCGGCCUGCCCCGAGGGCUCCAGCGCGGCCAAUGGCACCAUGGAGUGCAGCAGUCCUGCCCAAUGUGAAAUGAGCGAGUGGUCCCCAUGGGGACCAUGCACCAAGAAGAGGAAGCUCUGUGGUUUCCGAAGGGGCUCCGAGGAGCGGACUCGGAGGGUGCUCCACGCUCCUGCUGGGGAUCACGCCGUCUGCUCUGACACCAGGGAGACCCGCAGGUGCACCGUGCGGAGGACGCCGUGUCCUGAGGGGCAGAAGAGGAGGAAGGGAGGCCAGGGCCGUCGGGAGAAGGCCAACAGGAACCUGAGCAGGAAGGAGAACAAGGAGGCGGGCGCUGGCUCCCGGAGGCACAAGGGGCAGCAGCAGCAGCAGCAGCAGCAGCAGCAGCAGCAGCAAGGGACAGUGGGGCCAGUCACAUCUUCGGGGCCCACCUAAGGACAACAUUCAGCCUCCGCGGCCCUGCAGAAGGAGCCCAGAACUGCUCUGUGCGAUUGUGCGAUGAAAGCCUUCCUGACCUGGAGCAAUCGGGGCAAUGUGUGUACACACACACACACACACACACACACACACGCACACUCCGUACAUACACAGUGUACAGACCCUGUGAACCCCAUGCCCAAACAGACAUCCAUCAACACACACACGUCCAAACCCAUAUCCUAACGUACAGCCAUACGCACAUGCACUUAUGUACACACACAUGCACAUGUCCAAACAUACAAUUAUACACACAUGCACCUGUGUACAGACAAACAGACAGACACACACACUCACCUUCUGUCUCUAGACCACUGGGAGCUGUCCCCUCUCCUUGGACAUCACUACGUGAAGAGGCAGGGGUAGCAGAGAGCCAGCGGCACCCAUCUGAUUGAACACAUUCCCAGUGGACACGAGGGAAAACAUGGCUGAGUGGGCCGCUUCUGGAGAAGCUGAUGGGCUUGGCCGGCGUGGCAGACCAAGAGGCAAAACGUGAGGACUGCUGGGACCCUGAAGAAUCUGCCUUCCCACCCUCCUCAGCCGUGUGACUGUGGUUGGGGAAUGCACGUUACACACCCAUGGCACCCACCAGGGCUGACUGAACUCUGGAAACUGCCUAGAGAUUUAUUUCAAAUUAAAAAAAAUGACAACGGUA